AGGCCCACGCUUCGCUGGGAGUCGACUUUGUUAACAAAACAAACACUAGCUCUAGCAACUGAAUUUGGUUGAAACUCGUUUCACUGCUGGAUUAACGUAAGUAUUCAACUUAAGGUUUGAGCUUACCUUAGCGUUGUCUUUAUUGAAGAACGUCAUCACAUCUUAAAAAUAAAAACUUGUUAAACUUGUAAUAUCACCAGAUCAACAAGAAGCAAGAACAACAAAUGGUGUCUCCUGACGGACAUGCUGAAGAACACCCUCCACAGGAGGUCGAGGGAGAUGAGGAUACUUAUGUGGUCCCCGACGAAGAGGAAGAUGAAGAGCAACUGCGAGCAGAACUUGAGCGACUUGAGGCUGAAGCAGGCGGCGACCUUGAUAUGGAACUGGACUUUCUCGACGAGGAAGAGAUGCAGAUUGGAGGCGACGAUGACGAAGAAGGAGAAGAUGUUGAGGUGAGUAGUUUGUAAAGACACUCCGAACGAUUAAUGAAGUUUGAGUUUGUGUGUUGGCUUUGGAAAGAUGAAAGCUUCUCCGUCAUGUGGGAGCAGGCACGGCCUCGGUAAAUGAAAAACCCACAGUCGAGGUUCAUAUCUUUCUAUUUCUAGGAUGAUGAAUCAAAAGUCCUCCAACAUUAUUUUCUUUAUCUCAAGCAGCUCAACCAUGAUCUUCAUCUUCUACUCACAGGAUCAUGCUGCCUUUACGUUUAGAGGCCACACUGACGCCGUUUUGCAUUGUUGCUUCAUCGAUGAAGCCGCAAUGUUAACUUGCGGCCAGGACGACUCCGUGCAUCGAUGGAGUGUUGAAGCCCUUGCAGGUACUGGCACGAGCUGCAGCAGCUCGAACUCGCCAAGCUCGACCUGCGCGGGAACUCCAUCAGAAAAAGGAGAUGAUACAACCGAAAAAGCAGAGGAUCAACUCCAGAAGACGAGUGUAUCCACCCGGUAUGCCCUUAAGAGUGCUGCAUCAAAUAAAGCACACAAGGAUAGCGUGGUGGGCGUCCUUCUCAAUCACGACAAGAGCCUUGUUGCGACAUUGGGAUAUGACGGCGUCGCAAAUAUUUGCGAUAUGAAAGAAUUAAGCGGCACGAAGGAAGAGCUUCUGGUCGCGAGAACACUCGAGGUACACUCUACACCGCCUAUGUCCUUAUCGAUGUGAUAACUAUCUACUCAUUGUGAAGAUGGCGUCAUCGACGACGGAUUACUUCCGCCUUAAUAUGACAAUGAUGCUCCUUUUUUCACUUUUUCAGGGCCCUGGAGCUGAAAUCGAAUUCGGCGCAUGGCACCCUAAGGGAAAUGUGUUUCUUGCAGGCAGUGGAGAUAGCACCUCGUGGAUGUGGCAUGCUGGGACUGGUCAGUGCAUGAAUGUUUACGCCGGCCACAGUGACGCUGUGACAUGCGGUGGCUUCCUUAAUAACGGAAAAUCCAUCGCAACCGGCUCACGGGAUGGCACGGUCAUCGUCUUCAACCCAAAAGAAGGGCGAGCAGUCGAAAAGCUUCUUUUCGACAGCAGUGCCGUUGGUGGUGAUGGCUCCGAGAUUACGUGCUUAGCUGAUACGAACAACGUACCUAGUCGAUAAUUUUUGAUGAUGCGUAUGAUUAAGUAAGCUGUACGUUGAUAUCGAUGACUUUCUUUUCACAAUCAUACUACUAGUAACUAUAAAUAUGAUAUAUCUUCUUGUUCUGCUUUGCGGUGCAAUGCGCUCAUUAUUUUUGAAUCGCACACUCAUCAAUCAUAAUCCCACCUACAGCUUCCAAUUGGCGAUAGCAAUGGCAAUGUAUUCGCAGUGGGAACCGCAAGCGGUGAGGUGUUUCUGUGCAAUUUUGACUUCGCCACCAGCAGUGGUAAGGUCACCUCAAAAAUGUCACCAGCACAUGACGAUGCUGUAGAAGUUGUCGCUUUUCAGACAAAGCUCGGUGGCGAUUGGCAAAAGGAGAUUGGCCUCUUCAUGGCGUCCGCAGGAUUGGAUGGACGGGUAAGAUUAGCAGCAGCACCAUCUACAUCAUAAUCAUUUUUUGACACCAUAAUGAUCUUUGAACUUGAAGUACAAGUCGUGUAUAAUUGUGUCAAGAAAUAGGUGAACUGUUCAGACAGUGCAUGUAAUGGAGGUUGUGAUCUGCAUUUAAUUCUUUCUUGUUUCUCGUGGUCUCCAUUUUCCUACUUAACUUAAUUUGUUUACACUAGGUUCGGUUAUGGAAUUUGCGAACCGGCUCUUUACGUUACGACUUGCUCGCCCACGACGGUGGUGGCGUGACUUGCCUCAAGUGGGCAGACAGCGCGCAUGGAUUCGGCGCCUACUUUGUCACUGGGUCAUUAGACUGGACCGCAAAACUGUGGUCUGCUCAAUCUGGGCAGUGCCUGCAGCAAUUCUCUGGGCACAGCGAUGCAAUUCUUUCUUUGGAUAUCUUGCAUCCCCAUCUGACGCGGCCGCACGAGCUCCUUAUUCUAUCCGCAUCCGACGACGCCACAGCCAAGCUUUGGGAGUGGUCAUCACCAAAGAAAAAAGCAGCGAUCGCGGCUGAGAAAAAUGUUGCUGCGGGUGAAGAGGCUUAGGAUUGAUGAGAAAGAGAACCCCAUUCAAUUUCAAGCCCAAUCAAGAAUAUUCCUGUGCACGAUGUGAACGAGAGGCUAGCUGUGACUUUGCAUCUUCUUUGCGUGGUCUCUAGAAAGCGUCUCACCAGGCUGGUUGUUGGCGUAUGAAAUUUAGGUCAGGCUUUUUCUGGGCGAGAACGAUGAUUUUCCAAACGCGUCAGAACCAUUGUUCUUCCAUGACCAAUUUUAUCUGCAGCAAACUAUACGACAAUGACCCGCGGUGAAGCUGAUGCUUUUCGCGAAAAAUAUUGUUCGAAGGCUCCAAGAACGAUAGACAAGGAUCGCAUCCAAGGCGAUAGCCUAAAAAUCAUCUGGCGUGAAAGAUGAC